AUGUCGCUCGAAGCUACCAUGAUCAUCGUCGACAACUCCGAGAGUAGUCGCAACGGAGACUAUACGUCGACUCGGUGGCAAGCUCAGGUCGAUGCCGUUAGCGUUCUCCACGGCGCCAAGAUGCGCGUACAUCCCCAAUCAGCCGUUGGCCUCAUGAGCAUGGGCGGCAAAGGCCCCGAGGUGCUGUCAACCUUCACGACUGAUUUUGGGAGCAUUCUGGCGGGGCUGCACCGGACGAAGAUCCACGGCACGUCGCAUUUGAGCUCGAGCAUCCAGGUUGCCGGGUUGGCUCUUAAGCACCGGUCCGAAAAGUCGCAGCGGCAACGAAUCGUCGUGUUCUCGUGCUCGCCGAUCGAAGAGGACGAGAAGACACUCGUGAAGCUGGCGAAGAAGAUGAAGAAGAACAACGUGUCGAUCGAUGUGGUGGCGUUUGGGGACCUGGAGUCCGACCAAACCAAGAAACUGGAAGCCUUUGUGGACAAUGUCAAGAGCGGCGACGGCUCGCAUCUGGCCAUCAUCCCUCCGGGUCCACACCUGCUCAGCGAGGAGCUGCAGAUGACCCCGAUUCUGGCGGGCGAAGGUGGCGGCGCUGGUGCGGGCGAGGGCGGCGAGGGUGGUGAGGCCGGUGGCUUUGGAUUUGAGGACGCCGCUGAGAACGAUCCCGAGCUGGCGUUUGCGCUACGGUUAUCGCUGGAGGAAGAGAAGAACCGGCAGGAGAAGGAGCGCCUCGAGCGCGAGGAGGCAGAGGGCAAGACGCAGCUGGGCAAUAUCCCUGAGGAAGGCCAGGGCGAGUCCAGCGGUGACAAAGAUAAGAAGGACGAGGACAAGAUGGACACGGCGUAG